GGCCACGCGUUCACAGUACUCCAUUAUUGCUCCGCACUGCAAACGUAUAGGUAGCUGGAGAAGACUCGGGCACUCCUCAGUCCUCAAAGCACUGUUCCUCCAUUAUUGCUCUGCACUGCGAAUAUCGAUCGCUCCUCCAUCAUUGCUCUCAACUCUUGCUCAGCUCUCAACUCCAGAUCCAAAAUCCAAAUCCAACCAUGGCGCUCAAGAGGAAGAGGAAGAGUAGAUCCAUCGUCUUCCUCAACCGCCAUUGCUAGCUAGCUCCUCUGCUCCUCUUCAUCUUGUCCCAGCAAGCAAGCUGCCAGGGGAUCUUGCUGCUAGCUGCUAGAUCCUAGAAGCCGGCAUCAUUUGGAGGCGGCCACUCAAGAAUCUAGCAGCUAUGCUGCUUCUGUUUCUACUCGGAUUUCUUCCUAAAGGAUCCAUACAUUAAGAGCGAAGAUCAAUCAAUUCCACCAUGGACGUGGUGACCGGUGCCAUGGGAAGCCUGCUCCCUAAGCUCGGCGAGCUGCUGGUGGGGGAGUACAAGCUGCAGAAAGGUGUCAAGAAAGAUGUCGAGUCCCUCCAGAGGGAGAUGAAGAGCAUGAACGCUGCCCUUGUCAAGGUGGCGGAGGUGCCAAGGGACCAGCUGGACAACCAGGUCAUCAUCUGGGCUGACGAGCUCAGGGAGCUGUCUUAUGACAUGGAGGAUGUUGUUGACAACUUCUUGGUGUGCGUCGAGGGAUCUGAAUCUGAUGCUUUCACCGACUCAAACAAGCUCAAAGGGCUAAUGGCAAAGAUGGCCAACUUAUUCACCAAAGGCAAGACUCGGCAUCAGAUCGCCGAUGCCAUGAAGGACAUCAAUAACCGCGCCCAAGAGGUGGCUGAACGGCGUAACAGGUACAGGGUUGAUGAUGUUGUUGCCAAUGCAGCUGGCAAACACAAGGUUGACCCUCGUCUGCUGGCUCUAUACAAGACUCAGAAGGAGCUCGUUGGCAUUGAAGACGCACGGAACGAGCUGACCAAGAUGCUCACAGAUGGUGUUGGUGAUGGUGAUGUUCCCAAGCAACAGCACAUGAUGAAGAUGGUCUCAAUUGUUGUUGGACCCGGAGGACUUGGCAAGACUACACUUGCUAAGGCAGUGUAUGAUAGGCUUCAAACACAAUUUGAAUGCACAGCUUUUGUUCCAGUGGGUCGAAACCCUGAAGUGAAGAAAGUUUUAAGGGAUAUCCUUUUGGAGGUUGGCAAGAAGCAGGAGCAUAUUGGUGAUGUAGCCAUAUUGGAUGAAAGACAACUCAUCAACAUACUCCAACGACUACUUGAGAAUGCGAGAUACUUCAUUGUCAUUGAUGACAUAUGGGAUUUAGAAGCAUGGAACAUUAUCAAAUGUGCUUUCAUUGAUAACAAUCAUGGGAGCCGAGUAAUCACAACUACUCGUAUUCUCGAUGUUGCGACAAAUACCGGUGAUAUUUACAAGCUAAAACCCCUUUCUCAACAUUUGUCUGAAGAAUUAUUCUAUACAAGAUUGUUUGGUGGUAAAGAUAAAUGCCCUUUUGGUCAACCAGCUGAAGUAUCAGACAAAAUUUUACAGAAGUGCGGAUGUGUGCCAUUAGCUAUAAUUACAGUAGCUAGUUUGUUGAGUGGUAAACCUAUGGAGGAUUGGUCUAAAGUAUUCGACUCAAUUGGUUUUGGAUCUGGAGAUAGCAACACAGAUGUAGAGAACACGAGGAAGAUACUAUUAUUUAGUUAUUAUGAUCUACCUUAUUAUCUGAGGUCGUGUCUACUGCAUCUGAGCGUAUACCCAGAAGACUAUUUGAUCAUGAAACACAAACUGAUAUGGCAGUGGGUCGCCGAAGGUUUCGUCAGCGAGGAACCAGGGGUAAGUUUAUUUGAGACCGGUGAAAGGUACUUUAAUGAACUUGCAAAUAGAAGCAUGAUUCAGCCGGUAGAGCAUCUAAUAACGUACACAAUAGAUGCUUGUCGUAUUCAUGAUAUGGUGCUGGAUAUGAUUUGUUUAUUAUCAAAGGAACAAAAUUUUGUUACUAUAUUGGAUAGUGACGAGAAGAACAUACCUUCAGCAUGCAAUGCCCGUAGGUUAGCUGUCCAAAAGAGAGACGUGCCUCUGGCUAACACAGGCAUGCCAAAAGUGAGGUCGUGCUAUGCCAUCAUGUGUAAACCCAAUGCAUUGCCGUCUCUUUUAAACUUUCAAGUAUUACGUGUUUUAGAUAUGGAACUGUGCCGUUUUGAGGAAGACCGUCCUUACCAUCUUGAGCAUCUCGGGAGGUUACCUCAGUUGAGAUACAUGUGCCUAAAUGACAGAUAUAUUAGUAAGCUGCCAGAAGAAAUAGGAGAACUAAAAUUUAUGCAGACACUGGACUUGAGCGGCACUGGUAUAAGAGAGUUACCACAGAGUAUUGGUUUGCUAAGGAAACUCAAGUGUCUGCGUGCUGGCACGUCAGCUAAUAGUAUAACAGUGUCGAAUUGGAUAGGGAACCUGACAUCCUUGGAAGAGCUACAUUUGAGUGCUGACAAGUCUUGUAUCUUUGUGAAAGAGCUCAGAAAGCUGACAGAGUUGAGAGUGCUCAUCUGUAAGUUAACUGCAGAUGUGGAUGAGUGCUGGAUGAAAUAUUUUGUCGAGUCUUUAUUCAAUCUGCGGAAAAUCCAAGUCCUAAAUCUAUAUUUUUUCCCCAUGCAACCAACACCCGAGUUAGAUGACUACUGGAAAGGCUAUGAGCCCCCUCGGCAACUCCGUGAUCUGUGCAUACAUCGCGGUUUCAGUAGGCUUCUUCCAAACCUCUCCAGCCUAAGCAUGGAAGUGGGUGAUUUUGGGGAGCAAGAUGUGGUGAACUUUGGGAGUUUGCCAGAGCUUACUUACCUGAUGUGGGACACGAUUCCUGGGGGCAUGGAGUUCCCUGACGGUGCUUUCCCCAAGUUGAGGAGAUGCAGGGUGUAUGCGCCAUUCAGGUUUCUGAAGGGAAGUAUGCGCCAUUCCGGUGACCUGCGACACGGUCCUCCCACGCCCUAUCACGCCUCCCUCAAUGGCAUCUGCGCCCGGGGCGACGAACGGACGCAGGUGAGAGCCGGCUCGGCCUCCGAAGUUGAGAGACCGUGCUCGGCCUCCUCUGCCCUGAGACACGGGCCUCCCACGACCAGCUCCAGUAGGAGGAAGACCAUGGCCGGCGGACAGGUCGAAGAGGAGUUGCUGGUACGAGCCCAACUCCGGGAACUCGUCGACGUUGUGGUUGAGAUCCAAGUAUCCCAUUCCCCUCCCGAGAUUUCCCCCGGCGGAUGAGCCCUGCGAUGCCUGAUGAUUUGCGUGGAACGGAGACAAGAAGGGGAUCCGGUCCUCCUCAUCGUCGGCCAUGGCGGCGGCGGCUCUGGCUACUGGCGGCGGCGGCGAUUGGAGCAGAGGGGCGAUGAAGGGGAAGGUGCGGGGCGGGGAAGGAGAGCGACGCGGGGAAGGUGCGGGGCGGGGCAGGUGUGAUGCGGGAAAGCGAUCGAUAAGUCCCAAUAAGAGGGUGUUUGUUUCCAGGGACUUAUUGGUUUAGGGACUUAAAAAAGUCCCUAUAAGUCCCACCUAAACCAAACACAAGGGACUUAUUGGGACUUAUUGUGGUGAUUUGGGACUUAUCAAAUAAGACUCUCAGGGAGGAGCUUAUUGGGACUUGUCCCGGGCCGGACCUACCCCGCGUCGCUCCAGGCUCGUUCCCCGCACGUCGCCUGCCUCUCGGUCCAAUCGCCGCCGCAGCCCCGCCUCUCGCCCCGUCGCCGCCCCGUCACCGCCCCGCCUCUCGCCCCGUCACUGCCCCGUCGCCGCCCCGUCGCCGUCCCGCCUCGGUUCGCCGCCCCGUCGCCGCCCCGCCUCGGUUCGUUCUGCCUCGGUUUGUUGCAGCAGUGCCUCCAAUCGCCGGACAGGCCCUCUCCUAAGCCUCGUUGCAGCGGUGCAACAUGGACUUAUAAGUCCCUGUAAAUAAACAGGUAGGGACUCGGGACUUAUAAGUCCCUGUAAACAAACACGUAGGGACUUAUGACUUAUAAGUUGGGACUUAAAAAAGUCCUAGGACUUAUGAAACAAACAGAGCCUAAGCUCUCUUUUUUGAUAAGUCCCAAAUCACCACAAUAAGUCCCCAUAAGUCCCUUGUGUUUGGUUUAGAUGGGACUUAUAGGGACUUUUUUAAGUCUCUAGACCUAUAAGUCCCUGGAACAAACACCCCCUUAGCGCGAAGCCCAUCCAAUUUUUCAUGCCACUUGCCCCCACGACUAACCUCCUAAUACAUCAUCCGCUCAAAAAAAAACACUACGUUGCUAUCUCUCUGCCCUCUCUCCCUUGUCUCCUUCUCUUCCGAUCUGAGCGACGGUUCCACCACUCUGUCCAUCUCUUCCUCCCACCACUCCAUAACCAUCCCCACAUCGCUGCUGAUUUCCCAUGUGGAGGUGCUCCUGCGGCGCCGAUGCCCUCACCCAGCUGCCGGCGACGACACUUUUUGUUCGUGUCGAAGCGCUCGGUGAGGCCACCUCACACCUCCCUCCUAUGGUGCCACCGCCCCAACCCAUAUACAGCUCCCUCUUCCCCACUCCCAUGAUAGCAGAUCUGAGUGAGACAUGGUCCCUUCGGCCCUAGUGGUUCGGAAUGAUCUGGGCGGCCUCUGCUCCCUCAUCUUCCGGAGACUAGGAGCGUGGUGGCUGCUGCCCCCAUCUCUCUUAGCCAUCCAUGGCGGCAACGGCAUCUCUCUCUCUCUCUCUCUCUCUCUCUCUCUCUCUCUCUCUCUCUCUCUCUCUCUCUCUCUCUCUCUCUCUCUGAUUCAUGGAAAUAAAAAUGAUUUUGAAGCACUAAAGUUCAAACCCUAGCCAUCGAUUACUAUCAUUCUCUAUUUAUAUUAUGUGAUUGUUAGCAGACUGGAUUGGAUAAUGAUUUUUUGCAGGGCCAAACAAACUUUCAUAUGUUUGGUGGAUGUUUGGGCAAUUACUCAACUACAAACAAAAAUAGAAUAAGGUGUCCAUAGAGGUUGACUAAGAACUACUCUCUCCAUCACAAAAUAAGUGUCUCAACCGUGGUACAACUUUGUACUAAAGUUAGUACAAAGUUAAGACUUAUUUUCGGACAAAGAGAGUAUAUGUAGUUGUGUAUAGUUUCAAUUAUAUAGCAACCAUUCAUUACUUCCUUCUUUUUAAGCACUUCGUACAGAUCAGUAAUGAUCCUUCAAAUUUUCUUUUGGUGAACCAUAUGAUAAUGGCCAAUCCGCUUUUACGAAGUAGACGAUGGAAAUGUAUUUCACAUGAUGAAAUUUUGG